AUGAGAGCAAGUAUCCCUGCCUUCCCUCCUCACAUCCCUGCCUUCCCUCCUCACAUCCCUGCCUUCCCUCCUCACAUCCCUGCCUUCCCUCCUCACAUCCCUGCCUUCCCUCCUCACAUCCCUGCCUUCCCUCCUCACAUCCCUGCCUUCCCUCCUCACAUCCCUGCCUUCCCUCCUCACAUCCCUGCCUUCCCUCCUCACAUCCCUGCCUUCCCUCCUCACAUCCCUGCCUUCCCUCCUCACAUCCCUGCCUUCCCUCCUCACAUCCCUGCCUUCCCUCCUCACAUCCCUGCCUUCCCUCCUCACAUCCCUGCCUUCCCUCCUCACAUCCCUGCCUUCCCUCCUCACAUCCCUGCCUUCCCUCCUCACAUCCCUGCCUUCCCUCCUCACAUCCCUGCCUUCCCUCCUCACAUCCCUGCCUUCCCUCCUCACAUCCCUGCCUUCCCUCCCGUAGGUUCGGGGCCCCACUAUUUACGGUUGCGACACCAUGUGUCAUACAGCCAGUAUGCAUACGCAAAGCUGCAGGUUUUGCAUGCAAUCCUGCUACACACAGGGCAAAGCCAGGCCUGGGCAAUUUUGGCGACAUGA